GUGGGAACUCCAUAUAUUGCAAACCUCCCGAGACUCGACCCGACGUCGAAAGUGCAAGCCCCCGAUCUAGAUCGCCUCGCCAACUUGUAAUCCAAGCCUCUCCGUCGCCGGAAGCCCGACCGACAAACAAGCCGAUUGAUCGAUGGACAGCACAACACCGACGACCGAGAAGAUGCCGCCGUCGCCUAGCAUCACCGAACGGAUCCGCCGCCACGCAAUCUCCGGCGGCGUCCUCGGCUCCGUCAUGUACUUCUCCAAGGGCGCCACCAACUCGCCGAGCGGGAGCCGCCUCCUCGGCGGGGCUCUGGCGGUCCCCAGGAACGUGCUCAGGAUCGGCAGCUUUGCGGCCUGGUAUGGCGCCGCCAAGUCGGUCAGGUGCACCGUCGCCCCGGACUACCCCUUUGAAACCACGGUCGCCUGGGGCGCCACCAACGCCCUCUUCGCCAUGCGCCACGGGAGGCGCGCGGCCUGCCGCUCCGGGCUCAGAGGCGCGGCCCUGGGCAUGGUCGCCGACGUGGCCCAUUAUGGCAUAAAACGCUUCCUUGCAACACGGCGGUCACGGGCAGAGGAGCGCCGCAUAGCCCAUGAGUUGGCUGCUUCCUCGGUUGGGAUUCCCGCCGACACAUGUCGUGUUUGAUUCAUGUUACUUUUGUGUUUUAUUACUCCCUUCGUCUCAGUUUACAAGUCCUACGCGUAUACCUAGGUUGCCAAUUUUGACCAUCCUAAUAUAAACUAUAUAACAUAAAGAUUAUAUUUUAUGAAAAUAGAACAUCUGAAGUUUAUAUUGAUAUAUUUUUUGUAAUAUAUGACUUAUAUUAGGUUUGUUAAAUUAACGACCUAGGGGUACGCGCACGCCCUGUAAACUGAGAGAAAGGGAGAACUCCACUUUGCAUGCUGUAAUUUUGUAUCCAUAAAUUAGAGUAUAUGAAAGCGAAUGUAUAUUCUUGUAGAGUGUUGCUGUUACAAGGCGUCGGCGCAAGGUGCUAUAGCUAGCUAGCAGGUGAUCCAAUGAAAAAUUCUGUGCAAUGAGAAACUGUGUUUCCUGGCCCAUCCA